ACAUCUCAUCAGAUCAGUUUUGAAUUACGUUAUAUUCCUUGCAAAAUAUAUAUAUACAAUGGAGUUGUUAAUAGCACUUGUAAUCCAAUGCCUCUCUCUCCUUAUUCUCUUCUCCACAACUUCCCUUUCCCUAAACCCACACCACAAUAUUCCUCGCCCACGACCACUGUCUUCUUCGUCUGUUUCCGACAGCACUGCUGCUUACGUCACAACCGGUUACUACAGGCAAACGUUGGAUCACUUCAACUACGCACCUCAAAGCUACGCCACCUUCUCACAGAGAUACAUGGUGAAUUCCCAGUACUGGGGUGGCGCCCAAUCCAACUUCCCUAUCUUCGCAUAUCUCGGCGCUGAAAUUGCCAUCGAUAAUGAUAUCACGAAUGCCGUAUUUCUCCUUGAUGUUGCCAAUCGUUUUAAUGCUCUUCUUGUCUACAUAGAGCAUAGGUUCUACGGGGAAUCAGUACCCUUCGGAACUCAGGCGGAUGCUUUGAAAAACGAGACCCUUCGUGGCUAUUUCAACUCCGCUCAGGCUUUGGCUGAUUAUGCAGAGGUGCUGAUAUAUAUAAAGAAUGCCUAUAGAGCUCAAAAUUCUCCCAUCGUUGUUGUUGGUGGAUCAUAUGGGGGAAUGCUUGCUGCAUGGUUUCGGUUGAAGUAUCCACACAUAGCACUGGGUGCCUUAGCUUCAUCGGCUCCCCUUCUCUACUUUGAUGACAUCACACCACAAAAUGGAUACUAUGACGUAGUAACUAAAGAUUUUAGGAGUGUGAGUGAGAGUUGUGUUGAAACUAUAAAAGAAUCAUGGUCCAAAAUUUCCGAAUAUGCUAACCAGACAAACGGCGGCCUCUACAAUCUCAGUCGCAAGUUCAACCUUUGCAAGAACUUGACCUCGCCGCAGGAGCUAACGUAUUACUUGCACAAAAUGUAUGCUGAUGCCGCUCAAUAUGACAAUCCGCCGUAUUAUCCAGUGAAGAGGGUGUGCGGCGGCAUAGAUGGCGCCCCCCAAGGCUCUGAUAUUCUUGACCGGAUACAUGCCGGUGUCGUCGCCUAUAAUAAUGGGGUUAAAUCUUGCUACGAAAUUUCCGGCCUAAACACGACGGCGUCGCCAGGAGAGGGUAAUAUAAAUUAUGGAUAUGCUUGGCAAAGAUGUAGUGAAAUGGUGAUGCCGCUUGCCCAAGGCAACGACUCCAUGUUCGAACCAUUUCCAUUCAAUCUGCAGAAAUAUUCCCAGGACUGCAUUGAUACCUACGGCAUUUCACCUCGACCACACUGGGUCACAACCUAUUACGGAGGACAUGAUUUUAACUUGGUUCUAAAAGACUUUGGUAGCAACAUCAUUUUCUCCAACGGACUAAGAGACCCAUAUAGCAUUGGAGGGGUUUUGAAGAACAUAUCAGAUACUCUAGUUGCAGUUUACACUCAAAAUGGCGCUCACGUUCUGGACUUAUUUGGGGAAUAUGCAUCACCUCCAAUUUGGUUAACCGAGCAACGGGAAACGGAGGUUAAGAUAAUACAAAGUUGGAUAAAUAAGUACUAUGCUGAUCUUCAAGGCCUCAAGAAAUGACAAUGUGGUUUUAAGGAACUUUAUAUAUAAAUAAAUAAUAAAAUAAGGAUUUAUCUAAGGUGUCAUAUGACGCUGUAGAAAUUCCAUUGAAAUAUAAGUGUAUCAUUUCGAUUUUUUUUUUAAAGUGUAUCAUUUCGUACUUCUUCUUAUCAUAUAAAUUCAGUUGUGGAUGCUUUGUUUCA